AUGGCAAGGACAAAACAGACAAGAUCCCGAGCUUCCAAGCAAGAGGCGCCAGCUCAAAAAAAACAGAAAGUUGCUAGUCAACUGCCCAAGGCCAGUCCAGCAAAAAAUGCCACUCCAAUAAAAGAAUCUAAAAAAAGUGGUUCUCCGGAGACCAGUGCAAAAGAGUAUGGCUAUGUCUCCAAGAAGCAAGCAAUUGCUGCGUUAGAAGAACUCAAGAAGUUUUUGGAACGUCAGUCUGAGGGUUCAAAGAACGAUAAGUCUCAGUUGUUCGAUGAGGAUAAUGACGAUGACGAUGACGAUGAGCUGAAGUCCUUAUAUGUGGAGGUCCAGAAGAAGAAGUUCUUCAACACAAGACCCGGUUUCAAGGCCAAGCUCAUUCCCCUUCCAAAGCCAUACAUGACUUCCAAAUCCGAUUUUAAGACAUGUUUUUUUGUAAGAGAUAGUUUCAUCAAGACAAACGAAUACCUCGAAAAGGUGGAGGAGGCCAAGAUUCCUACUUUGAGCAAGAUCAUCACCUUGAAUCAGCUUAAGACCAUUUAUCACCCAUUCGAAAAGCGUCGUGAAUUGUACAAGGAGUACGAUUUAUUCGUUGCUGACGAUGCAAUUUUAUCUUCUUUACCAAACGUCUUGGGUAAGACCAUGUACGACAACCAGAAGACCAAAUUCCCAGUCCAGAUAAGGCCAUACAUGUCAGAUCUGCCCAAGGAACUCUCUCUUGAGAAACUCAAAGCACAAAUCGAGAGAGUCAUGAACUCGGCCCCUUACUUACCCCCCAUGGGCACCACUGCAUAUUUCAAGAUUGGUGCUUUCAACAAGAACUUCACGGAGGAGGAGUUACUUGAGAACUUGCAUACCAUUUUAAAGGAGUUUGAUGAAAAGGAGUUGUUGACUGUUGGCGUCCAGACGCAGUGGUCUCCAGUAUUACCACUAUUCUACACGGAGAAGAUCUACGGUGAUGAGGACGUUCUUCAGGACACCCCAGAGGAGACCGAAAAGGAAAUCACCGAAGACGUAUUCGCCAAGGCGUUGUUUGAAUUGGCUGACGAGGAGACCGUCAACAAGGCUCUUAAAGAAAAUAGAAUGGGCAGCCUUGCAAGAAGCAAGGCUUGA